AUGAUCGAUGUCCAUGUGGUUCUACCCAGCGGCCGAUGCAGCACCGUCUCUGCUGACGUGGGAUCUGAGGGCUGGGAGGGCUGGGAGGUGGCAGAUCUGAUGCGUGCAGCAGAAGUGGCUCUGGGAAACAUCCAGUUGCAGGCCCUUGUCUCUUCAAUAGGAAGAGUGCUGGAACCCAGGCAAAGACUUGGGGAGCUGAAUUUCCAGCAGGGGGAGACUGUCACAGCAGUUGCCGCACCAGCAAGGAUUUUUUCCAACUCUUGGUCUUUAGCCUUUGCUCUUCUUCGGGGUGAUGGCACUGUUUUCUCCUGGGGCGAUCCGCUGCCGGAGUCCGCUGGAAACGAACCACUACUCAAUGAUGCGGAAUUGUCAGGCCCCACCUUGCUAGGUGUCUUUGACGCGCCUGCGAAUCUGAAAGGAGUGCGAAGGAUUGAAGCUUCCCAUGGAGCGUUUGCCGCUUUGUUGUCCACUGGAGAUGUGGUAUGUUGGGGCGAUCCCCUGCUGGGCGGCGACUGUAGAAGUGUCGCUGCAAACCUGACCAACAUCCGCGAGCUGCAGGCAUCCUAUUGUGCUUUCGCUGCCACCUGCCAGGACGGAAGAGUGGUGACCUGGGGCAACAGCUCUUGUGGAGGUGAUAGCAGCAAAGUGAAGGACCAGCUGAUUGAAAUCGAAGAGAUUGCAGCCUCCUGUGGUGCGUUUGCUGCACGGAAGCGCGACGGAUCCGUCGUGGUCUGGGGCCAUCCGCGCUAUGGCGGCGAUGGGCGGAUUGUGCAGCGGCUCCUGAGUGGAGGACUCGUCCGCCACAUCAGCGCCAGCAGUCGAGCCUUUGCAGCGAUCACUUUUUCGGGCAACGUGGUGAGUUGGGGCCAUCGCGCCUUCGGAGGUGAUUCGCAACGUGUACAAGGCAGCUUGCAGAACGUGAAACAAAUCUGUGCCACGUGGGCUGCCUUCCUGGCUCUGCGUGGCGAUGGGACCUUGGUUACGUGGGGUGCGGAGUUCUUUGGCGCCACGGCACUUCCAGAACUCAAAAACGUGGAGGAAGUCUACUCAACAGGGAGCGCUUUUGCCGCGGUGUUGCAAAACAGAACUGUGGUCACCUUUGGAAAUCCAGAUGGAGGUGGGGAUUCCACAGCUGUCCAAGAGCAGCUGAAAGAUGUGCGAGGCGUUGCCUCAACGGAGAGCUCUUUCUGCGCGCUCCUGGGUGGUGGAAAUGUUGUCACCUGGGGCGACCCGAAAACGGACUGCAGCCAGGUCCGACAUCAUUUGUUCGACGUGCAGCAAGUGGUUGGUUGCAAGAACGCCUUUGCCGCGCUUCGGGCAGAUGGCUUUGUCAUCUGCUGGGGCGUGCGCAACCCAAGUGGGGCUGUGAUUCAGCCGGGAGAUGCCUUCGAUCUCUGCGGCUGGGCCAUGGAGGAGUUGGAUUGGCGCGCACGCGCUGCCGCAGUGGAAGCUCUGGCGGCCUCGGCACCGGGAGGUGAUGAAGAAGCAUUCCAGGUGGCCGCAGAUCUAUUGGAAGGGUUUGGCACCAAGGGGCACCCCCCAGGGAGUUGGGUGUCUUGA